GCUUUCUAUAAUUUAGUAUUAUUGCUAUUCUAUCAUUCGUGUAACAGACGUAAUUGAUCAUCGCGAUCAUCUUUUACAAAUUCUUGUUGAAGGCGUUGCGUUGGUUCAGGUAGAAGAUGUUAUCGCGGUUAGCAUAUGGAUCCAGAUUCAUCGUGUUUUAGCCCCAUGCGUUCGGCGAUUUUCUGCCACAAUGUCGCUUAAUCAAGCGGUAAAGGUUGAGAACAAAGGUGAUGUAGCCGUCAUUAAAAUGGACUUGGCGAACACUAAGGAGAAUGUCCUUAACGAAGCUUUAGCGGGAGAUCUCCAAGCUGCCUUUGACAAGGUAGAGCGUGACACUACCGUAAAGGCUAUUGUUUUGAUGUCCGGAAAGCCGAACAGUUUUGUGGCCGGAGCUGAUGUGGGAAUGUUAAGCAAAGCAAAAACUCCUCAGGAAGGAACUGCUAUCUCUAAGAAGGCUCAAGAACAAUUCGAAAAAUUGGAAAGGUCUGGGAAACCCAUUGUAGCAGCGAUCAUGGGCAGUUGUAUGGGUGGAGGACUGGAAUUAGCUAUGGCGUGCCAAUAUCGUAUAGCUGUGAAUGACAAAAAGACACAACUUGCAUUGCCUGAGGUUAUGCUCGGACUACUUCCGGGAGCUGGAGGUACUCAACGACUUCCAAAACUUGUAUCGUUGCAAAAUGCACUCGACAUGAUGCUCACUGGAAAGAAAGUCAAGGCUGACAAGGCAAAGAAAAUCGGUCUAGUUGACUCAGUGGUGCAACCGCUUGGUGACGGACUUGCAUCAGCCGCAGUUAACACUCACAGGUAUUUAGAGGAAGUAGCAGUAGAUACAGCUCGAAAAUUGGCUAAAGGUUCAUUGAAAGUAAAUAGAGAGAAACCAAUGCUACAGAAGGUCAUGCAGAAGGUUAUGACAAACUCAUUCGUUCUCGAUAAGGUGGUGCUGAAGAUGGCUAAGGACAAGAGCUUUGGUGAACUUACCCAAACUUACCAAUCUAAAGCACUAGUAGGAUUGUUCACGGGAUCGACCGAAUGCAAGAAGAAUAAGUAUGGUAAAGGACUGCCAGUAAAAGAAGUAGCUGUUGUGGGCGCUGGACUGAUGGGAGCUGGUAUUGCCAACGUUACCAUCGAUAAAGGACUGAAGUGCGUAUUGCUGGAUAUGAAUGAGAAGGUGGAUGCUUCCUUUUGA